AUGCCUGACCAUCGUGUCGUCAACACUGCGGAUGAGUCUGCGUACUCGGAGAUUUCAUCACAAUAUUUGAUCGCAACAGAGCUUGAGCCCUUGCCCGAUUCGACCAUCCUCAGCCGCUCCCUCAGCUUGAAGUCGGUCAUUUCCACAAGAUCCUCCUUUGCCCGUCGUUCCCAAGCAGCGCGUAUUCGCCCGGAGCUGCAAGACGUCAACCAGAUCGGCGAUGGCCUUCAAGGAGUGAUCUUCGAACAAGUGGGACGGCCUUUGGUAUUCAAGAAAGAAAUACCGGGCAAUGAAACUCGUUCAUCAAACCUUCGCCACGAGUAUGGCCUGCACGAAGAGGUCUCGACCGCAUUCGCUCUUUAUGACUCCAAGAUACACAGCCACGUCCGCGUUCCGAAACCUCUAGAGUUCAUUUCCAGGGCAGACGAUGCCCACCGAUUCUGGGACGUGCUGCCAAAAGUCCCUGCGCAGUAUCGUGCGCGCGGGGACGUCGUGAAGAUGGAACGCAUUCUCCCUCUACCCAAAGUCGCUCGGAAAGCUUUGGUCGCCCACUUUUACGGCAAGCAGGGAGACAGCAGCACGGCGGACAUUGAAGCUAUCCUGAAUGAAACGACCAACAAACAUUGCCUGGUACGGCUGUAUCUCGGAAAGGCUGACGGACCUCUCGCGCAGGGAAAGUCCCCAUUGAGGAACUUCCCUCUCUACCUGAAGGCUAUGGAGAAGCUUUCUAUGGACGUCAACGGCCUUGCAAAUGCGAUGGGGAAGGCAUUCGCAAUCAUGCACUGGGGUGCUGGAAUAAACGGCGACGACGUGGAGUUUGUACUGGGCACGUCGGCCAUCGGCACGGAAACAAUUCCUCCAGACCUCCAACAUCGAGCUGUUGGAAUGUAUCUUCUGGACUUCGGCCAGUGUGAUGUGGUGGAUCUCAAGCAGGAACCAGACGAGGUCUACCAAGCAUUCAAAGGCGCCAUGGUUACCGGCGACAAUCAGAACUUCAUCCCUAAUUGCCAGAAGAGCCCAUCUGUGUUUGCAGAGUUCAAGGACGGAUACUUGCUGGCAGGAAAGACCAUUUUGGAGGAGAAGGGAAUGGCGGACAGGCUCAGCGUGGAGGAUUUCAUGCGUGAGUACGAGGAGUAUGCUGAGGACUUCCUUUGA